AGCCGGAGCCGCCCCGGGGGGGGGGCCCUGACUCCCCAGGGUCCUGCAGCGGGAGGCCCCUCUUCAUUGGGGUCCCCAGGCGCCGCCGGGGUGGUAGCCCAGGGCCAUGGCAGUGGGGGGAGGGUAGACACCGACCUGGCCUUUCGUCUGCUGCGGGGUGGCCUGUAAAGCAGUUGCUCCUGAUACCGGUCCCGGUGUCACGCGUGGGGCGGGGGAAGUUCCUGUCUGGAUCACUGAGCCCCGUGUGCGUGCACGCCACCCACCCAUCUGUGCAGUAGUGCUAAUAAUGUUCACUGGAGACUGAACGAUAAUAUAACUGCUUGGACACAACACUCUCCUAAAUAUGAAGUUUUUUAAUAUUGUUCUGAGAAGCAUUGUGAGACAUCCUGUUUUUCUGUUUGCUAUGGGAAAUGGGACCAAAAAAGAUUUGUUUUUAACAACUCCCCAGGGGUCAUUUCCAUGUAGAACAAUGAUUUUGUCUCCUGCCUUGAAGAAGCAGAUUUCAUCCAGCCCCACUGAGAAGCUAGAUUUGGAUGGGUGGAAAAAUGUCAUGAGAUCUGGAAGGCAAGAGGAAGUCAGUGAGACAUCUGAGAGUGAGGAGGAUUCCACUUUAGCUGCCACAAGGGAACUUGUGGAGAUGUGGAGGCUAGCUGGCAAAACUGUUCCAGAAAAUAUCAGUGAAGAAGAGUUAAAGACCCUUAUGGAGUGUUCCACUAAGUCAUCCAAAAAGAAGUAUUUAAAAUACUUAGCUGUCAAAGAAAAAGUGAAGAAAGCUAGUAAAGUAAAGCAGGAAAAGCGAAAGGAAGCAAAGAAGGAAAGGCUGGAAAAGGCUAAAGAAAAUGAUACUGGUGAGCUGAAGAAUACUUUCUUAUUGCAGUUUUGGUCCAAGUCUAUGGAUAAGAUGUAUAACUGGAGGACUGCUCAAGCUAUGAUCUUUGGCCAGCCUCUAGUAUUUGACAUGGCUUACGAAAAUUACAUGUCACGUAGAGAAAUGGAGAACACAGUGAAUCAGCUAAUGGAGACCGAAGGGCAGAAUCGAAGAGCUAUGGAUCCUUUUCACUUACAUUUCUGUAAUCUCAAGGUAGAUGACCCAUAUCAUAAAGAAUUUGCUAAGCGCUAUGGAGAGGCAUGGAACAACUUACUUGUGACUGUGACAGAACAGUCUCACACAGAUGUCUUUCCAAGAGACAAGCUCAUCUACUUAACUGCUGACUCUCCCAAUGUAAUGAAGACGUUUGAGCAUGAUAAAAUUUAUAUAGUUGGAUCAAUUGUUGACAGGAAUAUACAGACUGGACUCUCUCUUGCACAUGCAAAACGCUUGAAAUUAACAACUCAACGUCUUCCACUCGAGAGGUACUUGAAGUGGGAAAGUGGUGCCAAAAAUCUCACAUUGGACCAAAUGAUUCGUAUUUUAUUAACUGUAAAAGACACUGGAGAUUGGAUGGAGGCGCUGAAAUUUGUUCCAAAAAGAAAAUACGAAGCUUUUGUAGAUACAUCUUUAUAUUCAAAGCGUAAAACUGAUACAGGGCGAAGAAUAAAGGUGUCUGAAUUUAGCAAUAGUCAGGAAAAGGUAAAGAAGCCCUUUGUAGAGAAUUCCUUCAGGAAGCAAACACAGAAAAAAUGGUGGGUAGCUGAAAAAUCUUAAGGGCAGAUUAUACUGUUAAUAGGCUUAAAUUUCCCUUGUCUUCUGUGAGAAUUUGAUGGAAAAACUGAAAGGUAAAAGAGUAACUAGAACUGCUGCCUGAUAUGGGUUUUUUUAUAACCUUUGUAUUGCAGAAACUUAACGGGGGGUGGGAGAGGGGAAUCCAUGUGAAGAAAACCUGUGAUAAUCAAAUCUACAAAAUAGCACCAUAAGAAAGAAUGUAAUUAAAUUUAAUAAAACUGUGGUGGAUAUAACUUCAUUUAAAUCCUUACUUGUUCAACACCAAAUGCAGUAAUGCACUUGAUUAGUUCAUGGACUGAAAUAUGGUAAAUAUAGGAAUUGUAAGAGGCUAGUUGGAUAUCAGUAAUGUAAUGAAUGUAAUGCAACUGCCUCAGUAAAUAUUUGCAAAUCUUAGCCUUUCUAUCAAUUUACAACUGUAAUAAUGUCUUGAAUACUGAUCUUAGAAUGUAGCUGAUUUGCCCACUGGCUCGUACCCCAGUGAAUAAGUUGUGGUUUUGUUUUCCUAGGGUUUUCUUUGUUUGUUUUUAGAAAGAUCUCAUUAUGAUGCUGCAUGAUUUAUUCAUUCAAAGUAUUUUAGUAUCUGAUGUGAUGCCUUGUGAAAGUAACCAAAACAAUCAGACCUGUGGUUCUAAAAUUUACUCACCUUGUGGAAGAGGUGGGCCAAUGUAAGACUUUUUUUUUAAUAUGUUUUUGUCCCUUUAUCAUAUGGAUUUUCUAAUCCUCUACAGCUUUUGAAAAUAAUAAACACUGAUGCUUGUAAUA